AUUCACCGUCCCAAGUGCCGAUCAUGAAAAUGAUAAAAACCACCGACCUCCCCCAUUUCCAACCUUUCUCUUCUUCAUCCGACCUUCCAUCCGUCACCCUCUCCCCACCCAUCUCUACCCAAUUGACAACCAUCCAAAUCAAUUCACAAUGGGCAAAGCCGGUCGUGUCGCGUGUAUCUUCACGCCUUAUGUGCUUACGAUCGCCUCGCUGAUCUGUAUUAUCAUGGUUGGCUUGGGCUGUACCAAGUCCAGCUCUGAUACUUUGAACAACCUUUAUUUCAUGCGGAUUGACCUCCAAAAUAUCACCAGCGAGGGAUCUGAAACAGUAACCGAGAUUGAAAACCUACUUGAACAAUACGGAAUUACCGAUGUCAGCGCGCAGAAUGUCUCCAAUGUCCUCUCCAAACUUCAGCAGGACAGCACACUCGCGGACUUCUACCAGAUCGGUCUCUGGGGAUAUUGCGAUGGUGACAUCAACAACAAGAAGACGAACGUUACGGAGUGCUCCAAGCCCAAGAGCGAGUUCUACUUCAACCCCUUCUCCGUCUGGGGCUUGGACUCCUCUGAUAUUAAGGACGAGCUGCCCAGCGAGUACAACAAGGUCAUGAACAUCUACAAGACUGUCUCCAAGUGGAUGUUCAUCGCCUACCUGGUCGCCUUCAUCGUCACCAUCGUCGAGAUCGUGGUUGGUUUCUUCGCUAUCUGCAGUCGCUGGGGUAGCUGUGUCACCACUCUCUUCGCUCUCCUCGCCUUCCUCUUCACCGCCGCCGCCUCGAUCACCUCGACCGUCCUCUUCUCCAUCUUCAAGUCUUCCCUUGGCACAACUCUCAAAGCCUACGGAAUCAGCCUCUCCAUGGGCAAGAACAUCUACGUUGCUACCUGGUUGGCCGUUGCCUUCUCUCUCGGCGCUCUGAUCUUCUGGACCUUCAGCGUCUGCUGCUGCUCCGGUCGCUCGCCAUACGGCCACCGCAACAACAACAACACUCGCGGCAUCACCGCCGAAAAGGCCCCCUACACCUACGAGCCUCUCGGUGCUGGUCAGGUCCCCUACGGCCACCAGCAGCCUACCUCCUACCCAGCUCCCGCUGCUCACGGCGGCCAGUACCCCAUGACCACCACCAACCAGCGCUCGAACGCCUACGAGCCCUUCCGCCACUCCUAAGCUAAGCGCAAAGCGACUUGCUUCAAAAUCUCUUAUCAUGUCUUUUUGUAUACAACACUCGUGAAGCGUUCUUAAGACUCGGAUACCGCGGCGUUCGGGCUCGUGUGACUUCUGGUUAUAUGGGCUUGGUCUUUUGCAUGAUUUUUUCUAACGACUACUUUCCUUCUUUCUCUGUGAUGACUUGAAUGAUUAUCAGCAAUAUUGCCGAUGGCCCUGCAUACGUUACAUAUCAUACCUCACGAAAAUUUUAUUCCAAAAUAUAUGAUCAACCCGGA